ACAGAGGGCUUGCACGAAUCCUCUCUGCUCUCCUCCAUUCCGUCUCGGAUUUGGAUGUCAUGCCACCGGAUUUUCUUCAUUUAUCAGCUGUUUGCAUUCCUGUGACAAGCGCGCCGGGGUUAUUUUAAGGGUAGGAGAUCCCUCUCGACGGCAACAUUACAGGGGCCAUUGUGCUUGGAGCUGGAUGUUCAGUUUCACUAGUCUUGAUGAUGUCAUCAACUAAGGAAUCAAGGAGAGAUCUCAGGGGAGAGAUGGGGAGAAACCUGUGACAGUCAGUGGAAUUACCUGAUGCAGACGAAAGCCCUUGGCAUCUGUUAUCAAUAUAGAUGGAGAGAGAUCUCCAUUAGCCCCAUUAACUACUUUCAGUCGCAUCAAGAUUGAGCAAAUCAGUGGCAUUGACCUUUAGGAGCAGUGAUGGCAACUUGCAGCACCUUUCACUCUGAUUGGAUAGACUUGUAGCAUGCGUUCCCUACGUAAGACUGUGCUGUUAGCUCUGGUAGCAUCAGUGGUGCUGGUUUUGGCUGUACUACACUCCUGGCCUACUCGAGUCUACAGCACUGUGGAUGUCAGGUACAGACCAGGCCCUGGAGCUGAACGGCUGCUGGAGGAGAGGCUUCCAGAGCCGGAUCCGAGUGCGAGCACCAUUCCUUAUCAUGUGAGGGAGAGUGUGGCCAGGCUCCUAGCUCGGAAUGGGUGCGUGUGUGAAGGAGAGAGUAGAGGGGUCAACUUGCCCUUUGCCCAACUGUUGUUCCCUCGAGUGUCUGCCCACCCCCUGCACACUGCUUUUCAGGCCUCCCAGCUCCAUGAGAUGAAGAGACGGCGCGCCAAAGAGUACCAGAGCUUCCAAAUGAGGUCACAGACUCCAGCUGAUCAGCUGAUUGUAGCUGAAGCUAACAGCCCCCUGCAGUACCCAACACAAGGUGUGGAGGUUCGGCCACUUAAAACUAUCCUUAUACCAGGUUUGGCCUUAAAAGAGCUACCCAGAGGUGUCCACAACCUGAACUUCUCAGCAUCUCUGGGCACGUUUAAUGUGGCAGCGGAGGUGGAGGGGGUAAAGGUCAGAGGUGAUGGCGAGAUGCACAUGACCCUGAGCAGCAGCCUUUUACUCAGUCUAAAUCGUCAGCUCCAGUUCAUCACCUAUACUAACACUCUGUUCCACCCCAGCACUGCUGAAACAGUGCAGUUAGAAACAGAAGGACAUCAAGCUCUUUUCACCAUCAAGAUCCGUCAUGGAGUAACACCCAAACUCUACAAUACAGGGUCUGAUGCAGAUAAAGAGUACAACAUUAGCGCUCUUGUGACUAUAGCAACUAAAACCUUCUUGCGCUAUGACAAGCUCCAGGAUUUAAUUGACAGCAUACGACGGUACUACCCAACUGUCACAAUAGUGAUAGCAGAUGACAGUGAACACCCGAAAACGGUGUCAGGCCCAUAUAUUGAACAUUACAUAAUGCCCUUUGGAAAGGGCUGGUUUGCUGGUCGUAAUCUAGCCGUGUCACAGGUCACCACCAAGUAUGUGCUCUGGGUGGAUGAUGACUUCAUCUUCACUUCCAACACAAAGCUGGAGAAGCUGGUGGAUGUGCUGGAGAAAACCACACUUGACCUGGUUGGAGGAGCAGUACGUGAAGCUACAGGCUACACUGCCACCUACAGGCAGACAAUCUCAAUUGACGCAGGAGAGGAAGACGGGGACUGUCUGCACAUGAGGCGUGGAUUCCACCACAUCAUCCAGGGCUUUCCUCACUGCGUGGUUACUGAUGGAGUAAUCAACUUCUUCCUUGCCAGGACAGACAAGGUGCAGCAAGUUGGGUUUGACCCUCGGCUAGCCCGUGUUGCACAUCUGGAGUUUUUCAUUGAUGGGCUUGGCUCCCUGCAUGUUGGAUCAUGCGAUGAUGUCAUCGUGAACCACGCCACUAAGAUCAAGCUUCCAUGGGGCCAGUCAGAAAGCGACAAAACAUAUGCGAAGUUCCGUUACCCCCCUGCUUCAUCUGAUGCGACGCACACCAAAAAUGGCCUCUUGUACUUCAAAAACCGCUUCCAGUGUCUAACACACAACUGAACAAACCUUGACUGUGCCCUCUGUCCCUUACUCUCAUUCUCCCUCAGACGAACACUCUCUCCCUGAGUAGCUAAAGGGGCCUGUGAUGAGACUUUAGGUGUGGUGCAUAUGUACUCUGUGUAGUUCCAUGUGAAUAUUGGAGAGUUCAAAUAGAUAUCUUCUUUUGGAAGUUAUAAUGUGAUCAAACAUGACUGACAGAUGAGAUGCGCAGUGAUGGAUAAUUAACAUUUUUUUGAUAACAGAUGAAUUGAUGUCGUAUUUUUGUGUCUUUUCCCUUAAGCUUUAUUUUGGUUCAGAAGAAUUCUUUAGAUACAGAUCAAACCAUUCCGUAAAUUAUGCAUAUCAAUUCAGCCAUACUUUUCUCCUCAGUCAAUUAUGUUUAAAUAUCACAUUUAACUGAUGGGACUACAGAAGAAACUUUCAUUUGAAACUGAAGAACAAAGAGAAGACUGUGGAGGUAAAUGUUUUGAACCAUGGCUUUUACAUUUUUAAAUCCAGUUCAAAGGAAGAUACCUUCUUAGGGACAUUCACAUGGAAUGUCUCAUCAGCUCCCUGCCUGGCAUUAACUGUGCGUACAUGUGUAUGUUUCAUUGAGGGUCAUCUCUCUGUACGUUUGCACUAAAAACAAAUGGACUUAAAAUUGGAGAGACUGGAACCUCAGCUUCACUAAAAGAAGGAACAGAUUUAAUAUCAUAAGCAAACCACAGACAAUCCAACAUCUGUCUGUCUGUCUGCUCUCUCUCUCUCUCUCUCUCUCUCUCUCUCUCUCUCUCUCUCUCUCUCUCUCUCUCUUUUUAAAAAAAUAAUACAUAGUUAAAAAUAUUUCUAACAAUCUGCCUUUGAAUAUUUUUUCAUUUCUAAAGAGUGACUGUGCCAAAGGCUUAAUCACUGUCCUGGUAUGACUUAAUUAUUUAAUUUAUUUUUUUCUUUUAUGUUAGCGUUUCGUCAAUUCUGGGGUCUCGUUUUAAUGGCAUCCCUUACCAAACCCACUCUGCAUGCAACCUGGUUUCAAUAGCAGUAGAGUUGUCUGAUCUGUGGUUCAGCAAUAUGAAGUCAAAAUCCACUUCUGCUAUGUCUUUUACAAAGUGGCUUUUUCCAGAUUUUGUCAAUCAUGAGUGGAAACUAAUUAAAGUCCAAUGGCACUUACCAUAAAGUCACUUUGUGUGUGUGUGCGCGCGUGCGUGCUUUUCAUUUAAACAGUUUUAAAAAGGGUCCAGUCACUGCACCUUUUGCUAUCCAGAAUGGCUAAGAUCAUUAACUAACCAAAAUCAACACUUUUUAAAUGAAACAUUUCAGGGUAAAUUGCGUAGAUGUGGAAAGAAUUAAGAUUUUCCUUUAACACUCUAUUCCACAUGGUAAUAGUUAUAGUAAAGUCAUCAAAGGUUUGAAAUACAAACGGAAGAAUUUAUAUUGUUCAGUGACCAAAAAACAAAUAACCAAUUACUAUUGAGGAAAAUAAAAUAAACAAAUGAAAACUAUUUAUAUAGUUUAUAUAUUUUAGAUACUUUUAAGUAGCCAUACUUUGUCUAGUAUGCUAGGUGAAAUUUAGCUUCUUUCUGAUCCAACUCAUUAGUUAAAAAAAAAAUUAUGUAUUUUGUUUAGAAAUUCAUACAUGGGCACAAUUUAUAUUUGUCCACAAAAAAAUUAUAAUAAUAAUUUUAACAUCCAAGAAUAAGACUUUUGAUCAAAAGGUCUUUAUGAUCAUAAAACACAUCCAGUAAAGCUUGUCCAAGCCUUUAACUGGCCCUGAAAAUUAAGAAAUGACCUCUACAGACAAUAUGCAGCCUCCUUCUGAAGAGUUAAAUCAUGUAAGAAACAGGUGUAAUUGCACUCUAUUUCAAUGUACUGUAUUCUUGCAAAUGAUUUUAGUUGUAUCAUACAAUGUUUCUUUGUGUAUUGUUUGGGUGUAUUUAAGAGAGAGAGAGUGAGAGAGAGAAAUAAGUAGAAGUUUUAAACGACACUGAGUGGGCCUUUUAGUGCUCCUAAACAGCACGAAGCCUGUAAGACUGAUUCCUGCAUUACACAUCGAACCACAAAUACUGCAAAUUAUGUUGAAAAUUAUGGACUUGUCAAAGAUUUUACCUUUGUGUCUGAGUGUGUGUUUGUAUGUGUGAUUGUUCUCUUCACAUGCUCUGUUAUAACCUGACUAAAAAUGGUGCCAUACAGGAGUAAAAUAGUGCAUGGCUAUCCAUAAAGCCUUAAAAGAGAUUAAGGAAAUAAGAAUUCAGUGUGACAAAACAAAUGAGAGAAUCAGCUGGAAUGAAUUAAUUAAAUGAGUACACAGGUCAAAUGUAACAUGAAAUGGUGCAUUUAUGAAAAGAAAAUGCAUUAAAUACGAACACUUGUGCACUUUUGUAUUCUGAAUGCCAUGUGGCUCCCCUCAAAACGCAGAACAAAUAGUACAAAUUGUUUCAGCAUUAAUUUAGUCACUGAGCUUAUUUUCUUCCUAAAAAAAAAGUUAAAUAUUGGGGAAUGCGGCCUUACAAUUCUAAGUAAAGAGUUGCAAAGAUGAUGUUUGAAUGCUUCAGUUUACCUGCCCUGUAUAUUCAGGUGAUAAGCAUGUACGUCACAAGAGAGCAUGCAAAAGCAAAGGAGCAAGAUUAUGUGAUUCUUUUGUUUCAGGUUAGCUUAAUUUGAUGGGGCGUGAACUUGAACAGAUGAUACACUGCAAGAUAUACAGUAAUUGUCUCAUUAAGUAUUUUUGUCUUGUUUUACAGUGAGAGUAACUUUACAUCCUUACAAGAUACAUUUAUUAGCAGAUUAUACUUGCUUUGAGAGAGUAUAUCUUGAAUUAAGUUUCUUUUUUUUACCCCAAUGCAAUGCUAAAAAAAGAAAAGAAAAAAAAAACAUUAUUGUCUUAAGCAUAUGCUUCACUAAAUUUUGUUAAAUUUUUACUUAAAAAUUACUCAGGUAAAUUGAUGUUGUUUUAAGGAUGUUUAGAUAUUUUCACUGGGGGUAAAAAGACAAAAAUACCAAAAACUGUUUGCAGUGUAUAGUGAGCUAAAUAUCUAAAAAGACACUUAGGCUGUGUAUUAAAUGAUGAGAUUGACUUUUUGAUUCCUUUUUUACUAUAUGUUGCUCAAAUGCCACCCUUCCUCCUACUACUCUCACUUCAUUGCACUGACACAGUCCCCUCAUCACUGGGUUCCUCACAGUAUCUGCAUGAAAAUAAAAAAAUGUUCUGUUGGUGUUUUGAAUCUCUACCAUUUGGUAUCUAAUCAUCUGAUCUUUUUUUUUUUUUUUUAAAGGAAGCUAUUAUAGUAUGCAAAAGCCCCUGAAAUAUGAA